AUGGACGAAUCCCACAGCUUGCUGCUCAACGAAGAAGCCUUCAAGGUGACUCUUUCGAUUUUUCAAUUAUUCAUUUGACAGCAUUUUUCAGUUUCUAGGGUUUUUUCGAUGGAAAAAUUGUCUUUUUCAAAACCCAAAAAUAAUUUUUACCAUUUUGAGAAAAGAAAUACUCCCAAUUUGAAGUUUUCAGCUCACUUAGGAACUCUAGAGUGUUCCCUAUCGGGGCAACUUUAGGGACCACCUUAACAACCCCUAUAGGGGUCACUAAAGCUUGCAAAAGUGGUCCCUAUAGGGGAAAUUUCAUGAACUCUAUCUGAAGAAGCACUUCCGUGCGAAAAACUUUGAAAAAAAUUACCUUUUUUAAAGGAAAAUCGAUGACCCCUAUAUGGACCGCUUAAGCUUUAGGGGCUAAGUGAUAAGAUUCUUAACCCCUAUAGGGACCACCUUGAUUUUAUCCCUAUAGGGACAACUUUUUAAGUUCCUUAGGGGCUGUUUCAACCUCUAACUCCUAUGGGACCAUUCUAAAAUUCCUAAACAGUCUUUUUUUUUAAUAAUUUUGAAACAAAGAUUCCUUAUUUUUAGAAAAUCUUUUUGGGUCCCGUUUUUACUAUAAGAAUCAACACGAUUUAAAAAAAAAUACGAAACAUUUCAAAGUUGAACACGUUUUUUUUAACGCUUUUGUCCGUCCCUAUUCGAAUCCGUAUCAUUUGAGGCUUGCCCGGACGCGAAAAAGGCGGUUUUCGUUUACGAAUGGCUUCGCUACCUGGACAGGAUACUACCGGUAACCCAACGGACCGACCUGAAGUCGGUCCAGCGGGACCUCCAGCGCCAGCUCGAGUCUCGGCUCAACAGCGCUUCCGGACCGCCGACCAGGCAGCUUCUCGCAAGGUUCCGUCAGAAUUGUAGUGUUACUAUACUGUAAAAGCACAGCUGAGAAAAAGCUACCGUAAACACGGGUUUUUGUUUGAAAGAACUGUGAAAAAGCGAAAUUUGGCUCAAGUAUUUUUUGCGGGAAAACAUUGGGACUAGCUGCCGCGGAAUGACCUUUAUUUAGACAAUUUUCAAGUUGAUAGAAUUUUUUUUAUCGAUUUAUGAAAACGUUCAAAAGUUAUUUUUUCAAUAAAUUGGUGUUUCAGGAACCAAGGAAUUCCUGAUUGCGUGUUUGAUAAUCCUAGAGAAACAGUUCUUUCAAAAAAACCUCAAAUUUAGGAAAAACCCUUAACUUUAAGAUUAUUUUCAUAUCAUACGUGGGCUAGCAGCCCAUUUAGCACAUGCGGGCCCCCCGAUCCUUUAAGAAGGGUCGAUAAGUUACAGGAAAUCGGUUUAUUUUAUUCAUUAAGCCUUUUGAAGUUUAUUGAGUGGUGAAAUUAUUGACAAAAUCUUAUACUAGCGCCAAACGGUCGAAAAUACUGAGGCGAAUCGUAUAAAUCAUGUCCUAAAAAAACUUCAGAAUGAUAGGUAUCGAUUCAAUUUCUUUUUUUAAAAAGUGAAUAUUACACAUAUUACAUGUUCUCACAAAAUCUCAGGCCAAUCGGAAGGGUUUGAAAAUUAGUCAUUUUCCGGCCAUUAGAAAAAAAUCAACUUUUUAUUUUCGCUUUUUACGGCUCAAAAUCAUUACUCAUCUUGAGAUAACACCUAAUAACGACGAAUAACUCAAUUUGCAACCUUUUGGAAGCUUUUUCAGUCCGAUUACAAGAUUUUGCGCUUGUGAGAAUAAAUAUCAAUUGGUGGCUUGCGGGCCCCCCGGCCUGUCCCUGAUUUGCGAAAAAUCGAUCCUAUUUCGAUGUUAAAAAAAUAAUCAUAAAUCAGAAUCUACGAUCUGGCCAAGUUUCAGGCCGGUGGGAUGA